AGUUAAACAAAUAAAAUAGGUUUAGUUGAAACGUCAAACUCCUCAAAGUUCCUUCGUUUGCUCCGUUCCAAAAACAAGGCAUCAACUCACCACUACGAUACAGCUACCAUGGCUACUGUAAAGCAGACUUUGGGUGAUCUGAACAAAGAAUUAUUCAUUACCCUUUUGAGGAAAUUAAUUGGUGAGUCCAAAUAUGUACAGAACAACCCACCGGAGCUAAUCCCGGAGGAAGACAGGAUUGUGAAUCACGUUCUUGAUAUCCUUCUUCCUUAUAGCACCACUACCGGCGGCGGCCCACUUGUCAUCAAUCAUGUUACUUAUAAGCCUAAAAGGGGUAAUCUUAUUGUGGAAUACCCGGGUACUCAGCCUGGAAAUAUCUUGUCUUUUGUUGGUAUGCAUAUGGAUGUUGUCACUGCUAACCCUUGUGAUUGGGAAUUUGAUCCUUUUUCAUUGAGCAUUGAUGGUGAUAAACUUCGGGGACGUGGAACUACUGAUUGUUUAGGUCAUGUGGCUCUCGUUGCGGAGCUUAUGAGGCGGCUUGGAGAGACAAAACCACAGUUGAAAUCCACGGUAGUUGCUGUUUUCAUAGCCAGUGAAGAGAACUCAUCGAUCCCUGGGGUUGGUGUGGAUGCAUUAGUGAAGGAUGGAUUGCUUGACAAGUUAAAGCAAGGCCCUCUAUUCUGGAUCGACACAGCAGAUAAACAGCCAUGCAUUGGUACUGGUGGCAGUAUACCUUGGAAGCUCCAUGUAACCGGAAAGCUUUUUCACAGUGGUCUUGCCCACAAGGCUAUCAAUCCUCUGGAGCUUGCAAUGGAAGCACUCAAAGAAAUUCAGUCCCGCUUCUAUCGAGAUUUCCCUGCCCAUCCUAAAGAGCAAGUUUAUGAAUUUGCUACACCAUCGACGAUGAAACCAACUCAGUGGUUUUAUCCUGGGGGUGGAAUCAACCAAAUUCCUGCUGAGUGCACUGUUUCUGGAGAUGUUAGAUUGACUCCAUUUUACAGUGUAUCAGAUGCUAUGAAGAAAUUACAAGAAUAUGUUGAUGAUAUAAAUUCCAACAUUGACAAACUUGAUUGUCGAGGCCCUGUUUCAAAAUAUGUCCUGCCAGAUGAGAACUUAAGGGGCAGAAUCACUAUAAGUUUUGACGAAGCUUCAUCUGGAGUUGCUUGUGAUCUCAAUUCUCGGGGCUUUCAUGUGCUAUGCAAAGCUACUGAAGAGGAAGUUGGGCAUGUAAAACCAUAUUCUAUAACUGGUACUUUGCCAUUGAUAAGAGAUCUGCAGGACGAGGGUUUUGAUGUUCAAACUUCUGGCUACGGCUUAAUGGCCACAUACCAUGCAAAGAAUGAAUAUUGUCUACUGUCAGAUAUGUGCCAAGGUUACCGCGUCUUUGCAAGUGUCAUCUCGCAGCUGGAAGAUAGAUAUGAGGUUUGAUUACGUCAUAAUUCAGAGAAUGGUUGACAAGAAUAAGGUUUGAUAUAAUACAUGAAAAGUAGCUCUCACCGAUGACUUCUGCUAUAGUUUUUUUAUAUGCUAUAGUACUGAUGGUUCUAUGUUGAAUCUUGACUAAUCUUUAGAUAUGAAAUUUAACUUCUAUUUGAGUUCAAUUUUAGAUUCUUAAAAGUAAAUCCCGAGCAUUACAAUAUCAUUU